AGCUCAAGUCUCCACUUCCUCCUUCUCUCACCACCAACAAUGAAGUUCUUCCAAGUCCUCGCCAUCGCCGCCAUCGCCGUUGCCGCCGUGAGCGGUCAGGCUACCAACACCGCCGGCACGACUGCCGCCACCACCGCUUCCUCCACGGCAGGGGCGGCUACCACUACCACCACGGGUGCCGUCACUCCUUCCGCCGUGGACGCAGCCAACAACGCUACUGCAGCUUCUGGCGCCGACUCCACCGCCACUGCUGCCUCUGGAGCCGAUGCCACUGCGGCCACCAUCGGUGCGACCGGUAGCUCUGCGACGGAUACGUCGGUGGGUACCUCAAGCUCCACUGGCAUGGCGACUGCCGGCGACUCGACCACGUCCUCUUCGGACUCUUCGCUGACGUCGGACUCGCCUUCGACUACCGACAACUCGACAUCGAAGAAGACCUCGGCGUCCAGCGCCAGCGCUGCGUCGGGUUCGAGUGGUGCGUCUCAGGUGACUGGUGCCAUGGGCGCUGUGGCAGCGACCGCAAUUGCCGUUGGAGCGUACUUCCUGUAAGUCAGCAAGCGUAGUUCCGGCGAGUUCGACAAGGUGAAGUUUCGAGGAGGCCCUCGAGCUGUCGCGACAAGGUGCAGUAAGCCAUCUUUAGCUUCUGACAGUCACCACUGUGAAAUAUACGUUCCUUUUUCGUUUC